AUGACUGAUGAUCAAGACCUACUUCUCGAUUCGAUGUCCGUCAUGCCCCACGUCAAGCAGCUCGUCGCCGCUCAGGGCGUCACCUAUGACAAGCAUUACUGCACGGUGGCAUGGUGUUGCCCAUCGAGAGUCAAUUUCCUCACGGGAAGAGCUGCGCACAACACGAAUGUGACUGCAACCCUCCCACCCUUCGGAGGUUGGCAGAAGUUCUCCCAAGUCGGCUUGAACUCCAACUAUCUGCCCGUCUGGAUCAAUCAGACCGGUAUCGGCACUUACUACGUUGGAAAGUUCCUCAAUGGCUAUAGCACCACUGAUUUCGCGACCCCUGCCUUUCCCGAUGCUUGGACGGACAGCUCUUUCCUCGUCGAUCCGUACACCUACAACUACUAUCACUCGCACUGGACCAACGGGUAUACGAAGAAGAUCACUGAUUACCCCGGCAUCCAUACGACCAACGUCACGCAGACCAAGGCUCUUGCCAUGCUCGACCAGGCCGUGGACACCGGAAAUCAGUUCUUUAUGAUGGUCGCGCCGGUGGCGCCGCACCAGGAGCUCACCAGUGGUACAUACCCCCCACCCAUUCCCGAACAAUGGAAGGGAGUCUUCAACAACAGAACCGCGCCCAGGACGGAGAAUUUCAACCCUGUCAAUCGAAGCGGCGCUUCUUGGGUCUACGAUUUCCCGCGAUUGGACAGCAAACAAAUUGAGGUCUGCGACUCGACCUACUACCAUCGCCUGGGCAACAUUGCCGCCAUCGAUGUCAUGGUUCAGCAGUUGAUCGAGCGGCUGGAUCAUUACGGCAUUCUCAACAACACGUAUAUCGUCUACACCACCGACAACGGCUUCCACAUUGGCAACCACCGCCUUCUUCCUGGCAAGCGCUGCCCGUACGAGGAGGAUAUCAACAUCCCCCUUCUCAUCCGCGGCCCGGGGGUCGCGCAGAAUGUCACAUCGAACAUCGCCAACAGCCACACCGACAUGGCUCCGACGAUCCUGAAGAUGCUCGGUGUUCCCUUGCGCGACGACUUCGAUGGUGCCCCAAUCGCGUACACCAACGAUGAACUGUCCACAUCCACCAAGCACGAGAUUGUCAACGUCGAGUUCUGGAACGCCGACAACGCUCCAAUCGGCGUGGCAGGCAACUACUACUACAACAACACCUACAAAGCCAUCCGCGUCAUGAACAACCAAUACAAUCUCUACUACAGCACGUGGUGCACCGGCGAGCGCGAAUUCUACGACAUGUCCGUCGACUCGCAGCAGAUGAACAACCUGCUCGGCAUCAACGCCAACGUCAACCCCUCGGUGACAUAUUACGGCCGGCCGCAAGCCGAAAUGGUCUCCCGAAUGGACGCGCUACUCAUGGUCAUGAAAACCUGCAAGCAGGACUCCUGCCGCGACCCGUGGAGCAUUCUCUUCCCUGAUGACCAGGUCACCGAUCUUGGAGCGGCGAUGACGGCGUCGUACGAUACCUUCUUCGCGGCGCAGCCCAAGGUUACGUUUAAGAAUUGCGAUAAUGGCUACCUUGCGAUCAACGAGGGGCCGGUGGCGGUGAAUGCGUACCAGAGCGGCUCGCAGCAGGUGCUGGCUUGA